AUGAACCUCUGCAACUUCACCCUCUUCAUCCUCCUCGCUGCCCUCGUUCACGCAGCCGUCAUGAACCCCACCAAUGACCUCGCUGACCAGGUCCUGGAUCCCGGAACCAACUACUGUAACCGGAACUGCGUCAACAACGACCGCUGCCGCGGCAGAUGCGAACCGAGGCUAAAUCAUCCUCCAUGGCUUUCGUCCCGUAUUCUUGCUGGGCAUUUGGGCAUUGAAGCCUCUGCUCUAAGAGAGAGACAGGAUCAAAGGGUAAAGGGCUUUCGAGAUGACCACGUGCAUGGGAUUCUGGCGUUGAGCCUUGCGAAAAGGAGGAGACGUGUUACAACUGGCUUUCACACGAGGGAUAUGCGAUGGGGGUUUUCCCUCUGUAUUUGGGAAUAUGGAAUUCGAGAUGGGUUGUUGCCGGAUGCACGUUACAUGGUCUGGACAUCCUGGGCCGCUCGAUCUUGA